GUUACAAUUAAAAAAAAAAAAGAAAGAAAAUUUCAAAAGGGGAUAUUGAUGAGUAGUUCCGGGAAUAAGAGACUCAACAUUUCUUGAUGAGUAAUAAAAUUUACUUUAAAGAACAUAAUUUUUGACUUUUUAGAGAUGCGAACUAAUACUUUCUACCAAAAAGUUUUCAUUUGCCAUAUACAUGGAUAUGGUGAGAAACCUGGAAGUGAGCCUGAAGAGGUGAGACUGCAGAAUGCCAGUGAACAGAUCGUGCAGAAUGCCAUCCUGCGGGCCGUGCGGCAGGUCUCCCAGGAGAGUCGGCGCAGGGAGGAGAGAGCCAGGGACGGUCGCAGCGGCUUCCAGCAGGGCAUGGGGGACUUAACCAAGAAGCAUGAAAAGAAGUAACGUGGCGGAGCUGGCUCUUGUCACAUGCUUGGUUCCAGCCUUCCUCUUAGAAUAGGACACGUUGCCAAUUUAUUGCCAAUAAAGCAAACCAAAGUGUCAUGGGCACCUCGCAGUAGAAUGAAUGUGCACUAGCCCUUGGUUGAGAAGCACUGGCUUGAGAAAGUGCAUUGAUGAUUCUGUUCAUAUCUGUGCAGUGCCUCUGAAACAGUAGGGACAAACGUGGCACUGUGAUUGCAAAAGUAGUUUUGCAGCUCAAUUUAUUUUUAAAGUUCUUUUUUUUUUUUUUAAAGAAUUCUAAGUCCUGUUUAUUUACUUUUGCCUUUUAUUCAUCCUCUCUGUGAAUUUAACCAGCAGUUUUUUGGCUAAAAUACUGAGUACAGCACUGUGUUCUUUAUAUUUUUAAAAGACAUGCUUAAAAGAUGAGGGAAUGGAGUUUUAGUCACCUUCAAAUAUGGAAUUGGAGUUUUACGAAGUGGGUUCAGGUCCAAGAUCAAAUUAAGUAAAGGCGAAGUCUAAGACUGUCUCUCAAGGUCUUACCAGGGCAUAUAUUUACAUUACUUUAAAAGAGGAGAAGUUUAGGCUUUUCAAAAACUCAGUCAUUCAGUCUCAAUUCCCUAAAUUAUUUGAGAGCAGGUGUUUACACUUUGUGUAGAAAUCCUUUGGGAAUAUAAUGGAUUCUUUUCCCAUCUGAUGAUUAAAUAAAUUACGUGAGUCUAUACAAGUGUGUGUGAGUUGCAGUGACUCAAUUCUUUAGCAGCCCCAUGAAGAACAGGUAGAAUUGUAGAUUCUGUAUGCUGCUGCCCGUCUUGGAGAUACUUACCCUUGGGUCUGAUUAUGAGAUGCAGCAUCCUUGGAAGGAAUUCUGGGGCCAUAUAAAUGCUAUGUCCUCACCAGGCUAUGCAAUGGCACUAGUACCUUACUAAUAGGAACUUUUCCCAUCCACAAAUUAUAAUUUUUUUUUUGAGAUUAUGAAAGUCAUACAGGCCAGGAAUGAAUAACACUUAACAUGGAAAAAAUAGAUUUUUCAACUUUCCAAAGCAUGAAAAUGCAGUGGGAACACUGAAGCAGCAGUGCUGUAAAUGCGGUUACAGAGAUAUGUGUCAGUGUGCACAUGAAGCCAUCUCUAUUGCAACAGGAUCACUUCCUGCUCCACUGCUGUGCGGAUAAUGCGCAUCUUCCUGGAGUAUUAGAGACCCAUUUCCUGGCCUUCACGAAAGUUAUUGAGUUGGCCCUAUUGGAGACAGAGGAAGAAUUUGAUCUUGGUUAAAAAACAUUUUGGCUUCAGAGUAUCAAUGUAUACAUUUGAUAGUUUUUUAAAAAAGAUAUAUUUCUAAAAUUCUAGUAUGUUACACUUUCCAGAAGGGGUACUAUGGAUAGUAGCAGAGGAAUGAAAACAAUUUCAUCUCUGUUAGACUAUCUCCCACAGGGCACAGAUGGAAUAAAUUCAUGGACAGAAUGGGUGGGGGAGGAGACUGAGGGGGAUAAAAUUUAAAUAUUUUUUAUCCAUAAAUAUUUUUUUAGCAAAAGUCAUGAUUACUGAAGAAGAUUUGAUCUAAAGUCAUCUAACUGAUGUGAUAUAUUUGCAUAGCAUAAAUAGCAGGAAUGAAAGUAUUUAGGGAAAUUAUACAGGAGUGCCCACAAAAAAACAAAACAAAAAACCACUCUAAUGCUUGUAGUUUGCAAGUGAUCUGGCACUAUGUCUACUGAGAUGUCUGGAUGUAACCAGCCUUGGUUUUUGCUGUCAUAUGGCAGAAACAUAUAAACAUGCUAUUUUUCUUCUCUGGUAUGUCUGUGCUAAUAAACUGGAGAUCUUUGAAAUAUCUUAUUAACUUCUGUAUCUACAUGUUAUUUAUAAAUAAAAUGUAUCCAGGUUUGAAA